AUUCGCACUCGCUCUUCCACUCGCACUGGCGCACAGGAUUCUAUUCACACACACACACACACACCCCUCACACACCCCUCCUCUUGGUUCAGCGCCCCUCCCUCCGUCCGCCGGUGGGGUUUUGUUCUCCGGUCCUGGGGAACUUUUUUUCUCACACGCUGGCUGGUCUGUUUGGAUAAGGACGGGGUCUAACGGUUCGACCAGACGCUCCUCCAGACGCUCCUCGCUCGGGUCCCCGGAGCAUGUCGGACGGACCGUACACGUGCCACGAGAGGAUGCUCGCGGGCUUCUGAGCCGCCCCACUUUCAUUCUCUGGAUCUAUACUGGUGUUGAUGGUUUAGGGGUGACGCAUUUCUGCAGGGUGAAAGUUUCUGUGCUCUGGAGGACGCCGUCGCAUUUGGAUCCCUCGGGAUUUAAACCAUGCCGGCCGAAGUCGAGCAGGAGCAGAGUCCCAGUAACCAGACGUCACUGGCCAUGAUGCAGGAGCCGCAGGAGCUGAUGGAGGAGACGGUUACCAUAGAGGAAGACCCCGGCACGCCCACCUCCCACGUCUCCGUGGUCACCUCGGAUGACGGAACCACCCGCCGCACAGAGACCAAGGUGACCAAGAUGGUGAAGACGGUGACCACGCGCACGGUGCGGCAGGUCCCUCUGGGUCUGGACGGCCUCCCCCUGGCGGACGCCUCCCCUCCUCUGGGAAGCUACACCGACUCCAUCGACCGGCGCUUCGUGAAGAACGGCGAGCGCUUCGUCACGCCGCAGGCCACGUCCACGCUCGGCCGCUCGUACAACCACAACAGCUACGCCGACCCCUACUACGGCCCGCACGACGCCUACGGGGACGUCUGCGACAACUACGGCAGCCUCUCGCGCGGCCUCAACUACCGGCCCUACCGGCCGUACGGAUACCGCGUGGAGAACAGCUACACCCUCCCCAUCCGCCGGGACGACUACGGGCACAUGGCGCAGCCCCAGGUCCCGGUGGGGGGCGGCAGCACCGUGGAUCUUAACCGCUCGCAGCCCGAGCGCUUCCAGCCCGAGCCCUACGGACUGGAGGACGACCGGCGCAGCCUCGGACCGGAGGACGACGAGCCGUACGAGCUGGAGCCGGAUUAUUCCACCGCCAGCCGGCGCACCCUGCCCGGCGCCGGACGCGCCAUGAGGGAGCCACUGAGGAACGGACCGCGGGUCAGAGGCUACAACGAGCCCAUGGAGGCGGAGCUGAUGGACGAGCGGCACCGCUUCCCGCCCGGCGUCUACCCCGCCCCCCUGGCGCAGCCCGAGCGCGGCAGCACGGCCAGCCUGGACGGCGGCCUGGACUUCGGCGCCCGCCAGGACCCCCGCUGCUGGCGCGACCCGGACCUGCCCGAGGUCAUCGCCAUGCUGGCGCACCCGCUCGACCCGGUCAAGGCCAACGCCGCCGCCUACCUCCAGCACCUGUGCUACGAGAACGACUCGGUGAAGAAGGCGGUGCGGCAGCUGAAGGGCGUCCCGGCGCUGGUGGUCCUGCUGGAGCACCCCAAGGGCGAGGUGCAGCGCAAGACCUGCGGCGCCCUGCGGAACCUCUCCUUCGGCAAGGACAACGAGAACAAGGCGGCCAUCAGGAGCUGCGACGGCAUCCCGGCGCUCGUACGGCUGCUCAGGAAGAGCGGCGACGCCGAAGUCCGCGAGCUCGUCACAGGAACUUUAUGGAACCUGUCCUCGUACGAGCCGUUGAAGAUGGUGAUCAUAAACCACGCCCUGCAGACCAUGACCAACGAGGUGAUCAUCCCACACUCGGGCUGGGAGGCCGAGCCCAACGAGGACUCCAAACCCAGAGACGCCCAGUGGACCACCAUCUUCAAGAACACGUCCGGCUGCCUGAGGAACGUGAGUUCGGACGGUGCGGAGGCGCGCAGGCGGUUACGGGAAUGCGACGGGCUGGUGGACGCUCUGCUCCACGCCCUGCUGUCGGCCGUGGGGAAGAAGGACAUGGACAACAAGUCUGUGGAGAACUGCGUCUGUAUCAUGAGGAACCUCUCGUACCACGUCCACAGAGAGGUCCCAGGAGCCGAGAAGUACCAGGACCCCUCGGCGCUCCAGGCCCCCGGGUCCGCAGGGGUCCACAGGAAGAAGAAGGAUGACGCCGGCUGCUUCGGGGGCAAGAAGGCGAAAGAGGAAUGGUUUAAUCAAGGGAGGAGAAACGGCGAGAACGACAAGAACUACGAAACGCUAGACCUCCCAAAGCGCACCGAGCCCACAAAAGGGUUCGAGCUGCUGUACCAGCCCGAGGUGGUGCGCCUGUACCUGUCCCUCCUGACCGAGAGUCAGAACUACAACACCUUGGAGGCGGCGGCGGGAGCCCUGCAGAACCUCAGCGCUGGACAGUGGACCUGGUCGAGCUACAUCCGGGCGACGGUGCGUAAGGAGAAGGGUCUCCCGAUCCUGGUGGAGCUGCUCCGCUCCGACGCCGACAAAGUGGUGCGCGCCAUCGCCAUCGCCCUGCGCAACCUGUCCAUCGACCGGCGCAACAAAGACCUGAUAGGGAGCUACGCCAUGAGAGACCUGGUCAGUAACCUACCCAGCGGCCAGCAGCGUCCAGCCAAGAACCUGGAUGAGGACACGGUGGUGGCCGUGCUCAACACCAUCCACGAGAUCGUGACGGACAGCUCGGAGAACGCUCGCUCGCUCAUCAUGGCUCAGGCCAUCGACAAGCUCGUGUCUAUUCACCGGACCAGCCAUUUGUCCAGAGAGACCAAGGCCGCCUCUCACGUCCUGCAGACCGUCUGGAGCUACAAAGAGCUGAGGAACACGCUGACCAAAGACGGCUGGAACAAAACCCAUUUUCAGCCCACAAACGCAGCGACUCCGAAAGCCUCGAAGAACAGCAGAUCAGGCUACGACGACACCACGCUUCCACUGAUGGAGAAGAACCAAGGAGACCGAGGCUGUGGCACCGGUGCUAUGAUACCUAUGGAUGAACAUGGUCCAGACGGUUACUCCACGAUUGACCAAAGGGACAAAGAGUGCAAGUACAAGACGAGCGACGCCUCGUCGGACGUGACGGAGCGGGAACCGUUAAAGAACGAUACGAAUAGGAAACACUAUAUCCGGAGCAACAGGCCGACCGUGAGUCUCGUGGACGCUUGCGAUGCCAAGCCUCAGCCUGUUGACUCCUGGGUGUAAAUGCAUGCAUGGCUUAGCCAGCGACGGCGCUCAAUCACGACCAGCUGAGGAUCUCACGAGACACGAGUCACCACUGCCAUUUCUCUUCACGAUUCACGGAUGUGGACUCAUCAGCAAAGACACAAAACAGACACACAAACUUUCAUCCACCGGACCGAGCGGAACGAGAGACGCAGGAAUUCUUUCUCACACGCGCAUUCCCACCGGCGCGGGGAAUCGUAGCAGCGCAGGCCUGACCGGGGGGUCGGGUCGCGCCCGUAUCGACAGGGUUUACGGAGAUGGUGACGGGGAGCAGAGAGGGAACAGAAGGUGGAGUGAAUUGGAAAGUGAUUGAUGGAAAAAAGGGAAGAACAUGUUUGUGUUCGGGUUUGUUUCAGAACGUCGUUUAUGUUUGUUUGUUUGUUUGCAUUAUGAAUGUUGUUGUUUGAAAGUGAAGGUAUGAGGACGGAUCGAGGACGUGUUAUAAUGCUGUGACUAGAUGAUGAUGGUGGACCCGGGUGUUUUGGAGUUUUGGUUCAGGUUACCGGUUUGAGCGCUUGGCUUCGAACGUUUUUUGUUCAUAGAUAUUUUACUCUGUUUGUUCUCUUGCGCCCCCUUGUGGAAAACAUUCGAACAUGUGAACUUAACAUACGUUUGUAAGUGACACACAGGUCAGGAUUUGGAUUUUUAAUCAUUUCUGCAACUGAUUUUCUUUGUUUAAAUAAUUAAAGCACUUUUCUUUACCAACAGCAGCUAAAAAACCCCCCAAACUUUUGUUUACUUUGGGUUUUCUGAGAAUCUGCCGGGUCAUAAAUAUACACACACGUGUUUAGAUGAUUUAUUUUGCAGGUUUAACUGUGUUGUUUGGUCUAGUAAUUCAUCACUGGUGGAUUUGCUGUGGGAUAGUUGUGCUACACUCAUUAAAAUUGGGUGGAACAGUGGUCUUGCCAAGGUAAAAAAAAACAAAGCACUCACAUGAGUGUAAGCUAAUACAAACCAGACGCUUUUAUCCAAAGCGACUUACACUACUGUGACAGUAUACAGUCUAAGAGACUUCAGGGCCUUGCUCAAGGGUCCAACAGUGACAACCUGACCGUGGUAGGGCUUGAACCAGCGACCUUUUGGUUACUAGUCCAGUACCUUCACCACUAGGCUGUAACAGCUUAUUAAAUUCCAUUUAUUAUUCACAGCCCCAGUAUUUUUGGUCCGGGUGCCUGAACCACAGCUGAAACGUGGACAGUUCCUCUGUUUGGGUUGAAAUGGGAACAAAACCGCUACCCUUAAGUUCUAUACGGUCUAUAUGUGGGCGGCGAUACGGAUCGUAUUUUGAAAUGCGCUUAAUGUCACACCCCUGCAGCUCCGCCCUGAAGGUCCUCGUUUCGAUUUCGCUUCGAUUGAUUUCUCGCUCCAUCGAGGUGUCGUUAACGUUUUGAGUUGAAUGUUGUGCAGACGGGUGCAGCGCACAUCCUGUCACAUGACCCUCUAACGUGCUGUUUAUUACUGUCUAACGACGGUGGGGGGACGGAUAAACGCCGGUAGCUUCGUGUAUCGACUUUCAUUUAUUGAAAGAACCCGGUGGAUUCCUGACCGCCAGCCAAAGGACGACGGGAUUGUACAUUGAUAUGUUGGAUCAUACGAUAUUAAAGGUAUAACAGGAGCGAGGAGUAACGGACCUUUGUAGAUACCACCUCAAACCCCACAGUAAAUGUUCAACUCGGUAGCAAAUGUGUCUGUAACUAAUAUAUGUGCCUUAACCCUUCUGUGUUAGAUGAAGAAUUACUGUGUUUUAUAUCCACGUCUCGGCCGUUCUCUCGAAUCCAGACCCCCGCCCCCCUCACCCAGCUUUCCGUGCCCUCGGUGUAGUCUAGCCUGGCGGUGGCUUCGCCCCGUGCUGUACGUCGUGUUCCGGACCCGGCGGGCGAGGCCGGCGGUGUACAGGAGAGUGAUCGUGCUUUGUCGUGCCCCACGCUGCGAUGCCCGGAUGUGUUCUGUUCGUUUUACUAAAACCCGGACGGGAUUACAGCACUUGUUAGAUUCCAGAUUUGUAGGGUUUCACUUUGGUGUGUUUUCAAUAAAUCAUGCCUGAAAA